UUCUUUCAUAAUAAUGACUAUUUUUCGUCAAUGUAGUCUUGUCUCUUUACUCGUUUUGUCCUUUUUGCUUUUACUUAAAUUUGUCAAAAGUCACGGGCCAUGUCCUCAUUUCAGCACCAUGGACAGCAUAUUUCUUUGCAUCGUUUAAUAGGGUUGCAGCUGUGCUGAUAUUCAGAAUUUAAGAUAACACCAGCCGUUACUUUAACAUAAUUUUGAUCUGAUAUAAAAUUUCACACACACAUUGCUUUGAAUUAAAUGUGGCUGUUUACUUGGAGCGAUAACUUGCUGGGUUCUUGACUAAUUAUACAUGUUCCAGUACAGUGUAUGUAGUGUAGUGUAUCUCCUGGAAAGCUUAACGUGCAUUAAAUCGUGAUGGUUUCUAUUUUUUUUUACUAUUUCAUUAAAAUCAUAUUUCUGGGAAUCAAAAAGACUCCCCUCACUGCUGCAAUCACCACAUUGUCUUUUCUUUCCCAACACUUCCUGAACUAUUGCGGUGGUUUAUAUUUUAGUGGGAACUUGAUUAAUGUUGCUUUCCAGUAAUGGUCAGGCUUAUAUUUCGUAAUUUAACGUGUUGAAAUAUAAGUCCAACCACAUUCAAUAAAAUUUCCCUGAAAUAUUUAUCUGCUGCAUGUUGUUACUGGUUUUGAACUGUAAGAGACGCUGUUGGUCAAUCCAAUAUAAUCUUUAAAACAUUGCCACACAGUCCCCUCCCUUGCUCCAUACAGUGGGUCGUCAGAGAAACGGAGAUAGUGAGCAUUAUGUGGGCUGACAUUCGAGAGGAGGACUCGCAUUAACGAUACAUCCACAAAUACAGUAAACUGUAAGGACAACAUAUUCCUUGUUCAGAGGAUUGUUUCUUGCUUAUUUCUUGCAAGAAGCAUCGUGCUUGGAUCAUUGUGGAUAAUAUUUUCGUUUUUUUCUUGCCAUGGCAUUUGGAUUGCAACGCUACGCCCGGUGCGUAAAAUGGCGCUUUGGCUGCGGACGGAGCUGUCAGCUUCUGUUCUUCUUUUUUUGUCUCAACGAUAUUGUCAGUGGUCAUAUCCGAUAUUCAAUCCCAGAGGAGAUGAAGAGGGGCUCUCUUAUCGGUAAUGUAGCACAGGAUCUUGGUUUGGAUCUGAAAAGGCUUCGCUCUGGUCGGGCCCGUAUCAUAACUGGAGAAAACAACCAGUACACCGAGCUGAAAGCAGACAAAGGGAUUCUUGUCGUGAAUGAGAGAAUAGACCGGGAGCAGCUUUGUGGAGACGUGACACCGUGUAGUUUCAGCUUUGAGGUAAUUCUAGAAAACCCUAUGGAGCUACAUCAGAUUACCGUGGAAAUAACAGACAUAAAUGAUCAUUCGCCCACGUUUAAAAGAAAUAGCAUCCCGUUUGAAAUCAGUGAAUCGGCAAAUGUUGGCUCUCGCUUUCCUCUGACGAGUGCAGAAGACCCAGACGUGGGUGUUAAUGGACUCAGAGAAUACUUUUUGUCCGAGAAUGACAAUUUUAUGUUAAAACAAAGUUCGAAUGCAGAUGGAAAGAAAUACGCGGAGAUGGUGCUUCAGAAGACAUUAGACAGAGAGACAAAUCCUCGUCUGUCUCUAAAGCUAAUAGCUGUUGAUGGAGGAACUCCGCAAAGAUCUGGCACAGUGAAUAUAGAUGUUACUGUUCUAGAUGCAAAUGAUAAUGCACCUGUUUUUAAUCAAUCUGUGUACAAAGCUACAGUAAUGGAAAAUGCACCGACUGGUACGUAUGUUACAACUGUUAAUGCUAGUGACGCAGAUUUUGGGUCAAACAGUCUCGUAACGUAUCAUUUUUCAGACCUCAGCAGUGGUUUUGCUAAUUUGUUCAAAAUAGAUGAAAAAACUGGCGUAAUUUCAAUAACUGGUGUAAUUGAUUAUGAGAAAGACAAAAAAUACGAGCUCAGAAUUGAAGGGAGAGAUCAGGGAGGUUUAACGGAUUCAAGUAAAGUGAUUAUUGAAGUAAGUGAUGUGAAUGACAACACCCCCACUAUUAGCGUGAUGUCAUUCACUAGUCCUGUGUCAGAGGACUCCCCUCCUGGAACAACUAUUGGCAUCAUAAAUGUAAAAGACCUUGAUUCAAGUGAUAACGGACAAGUCAGUUGUAGAAUAGAACAAAACGCACCUUUUCAGGUCAAAUCUAAUUUGAGAAAUUAUUAUACAUUAGUGACUGACACUGUGUUAGAUCGUGAAAGUGCUUCAGAAUAUAACAUCACUGUUGUUGCGACAGAUGCAGGGAUUCCUCGUCUCUCAACAAAAAGAACGUUUCAUUUAAAGGUCUCUGAUGUGAACGAUAACGCCCCAGUGUUUUCACAAAGUCUUUACAGUGCGUUUAUCAUAGAGAACAACUCACCUGGUAUUUCUGUUCUGACGCUCGUUGCGAAAGAUCCAGAUGAAAAUCAAAAUGCCCGAAUAUCUUAUAUUCUCGAGGAUACUAAAAUUGGUGGAUCUCCAGUUUCUAAUUAUGUUUCUGUUAAUUCAGAAAGCGGAGUGAUACAUGCGGUCAGGUCGUUUGAUUAUGAGCAAAUUAAAGAGCUGACUUUUGUCGUGAAAGCUCAGGAUGGAGGCUCUCCUCCACUCAGUAGUAACGUGACUGUGAAAAUACUGAUCCAGGACCAGAACGACAACCCCCCUCAGGUUCUGUACCCAGUCCAGACUGGUGGCUCUCUGGUGGCUGAACUGGUGCCUCGUUCAGCAGAUGUGGGCUAUCUGGUCACUAAAGUGGUGGCUGUUGAUGUGGACUCUGGACAGAAUGCCUGGCUCUCCUAUAAACUGCAGAAAGCCACAGACAGGGCGCUGUUUGAAGUGGGCUCACAGAAUGGAGAAAUAAGAACUAUCCGCCAAGUCACUGAUAAAGACGCAGUGAAACAAAGACUGAGUGUUAUAGUGGAGGACAACGGGCAGCCCUCUCGUUCAGCUACAGUCGUUGUUAACGUGGCGGUGGCGGACAGCUUCCCGGAAGUGCUGUCGGAGUUCACUGACUUUACGCACGACAAGGAGUACAACGACAACCUGACUUUUUACUUAGUGUUGGCUCUGGCUGUAGUUUCCUUCCUCUUCAUCACGUGUGUAGUGGUUAUUAUCUCAGUGAAAAUCUACAGGUGGAGACAGUCUCGCGUCCUGUUUCACUCCAAUCUCCCUGUGAUUCCAUAUUAUCCACCACGUUACUCAGACACUUUGGGGACAGGGACUCUCCAGCACGUGUACAAUUACGAGGUGUGCAGGACGACUGACUCCAGAAAGAGUGACUGUAAGUUCGGCGGAGCUGGUAGUCAGAACGUGCUGAUAAUGGACCCCAGUUCUACAGGGACGAUGCAGCGGAUACAGAGUGAAAAGAGCAUCCUGGAUGAACCAGACUCUCCUCUUGAGGUGAGUCGCAAUACGCGAAGUUUUAUGCAGUUGUUGUUUUUUCAGAACUGAAAUUAAAGUGCAACAAGUAGUUUGCUGUCGUCUAAAUGAAAUGAUCACGAUUCUCUUCAGCACCACAGAACGGACAGGUCCUAUUUGAAUCAAAAUGGUAAAUAGUUAGACAUUUUUAAAUUGUUCGACUAAUUUAUAAUCAGAAAAUAUACGGUCUGAUAUAUUACUUCUACUGUUAGGACUAUGACUAUACAACAACAACAACCACAACAAUAAUAAUAA